UGCCACACAUCCCACCACUUCACUCCAGAAUGACGCGAGUCACCAGAUGUAGCUUCUGCGAGAUGGGGAGCUUUUAAAGCGAUGCAUCAUAAAUGCGAGAAGCCUUGCACAAUCUAUAGAAGAAAAUUUUUAUUUAUAAAGAAGAGGAUAUAUUGUUUGGGAAGAAGUAAGAAAUGGCGAGCGGACAGAAGGAGGAGUUCAGUGUGAAGGAGGCCGGCCAAAACGCGGGCCAAGCGCCACAAGUGAAGAGGGAUGAUUGGAAAGUAGACAACACCACCAACUCUUCUCAAACUUCAGCAGACUUUCUCCAGCAGAAAGGGGAGGAAGUGAAGAGCAUGGCACAAGGAGCAUCAGAGGCAGUGAAGAACAAACUGGGGAUGAACAAUGAUUAUAAGAACAAGAACCCUUUGGACAGGAAGAAUCCUAACAACACAACUUGUCCAAGCAUGCCUGGUCAUCCUCCUUCUGAUAUUUAACUUUGUUUUCUCCACUAGACUCUCUGUAAUAACAAUAAAAGGGAUCCACACAAUACAUUCAACCCCAACACAUGUUCAAACUUGGCUUCAGUCUUUGGAAUUCAAAAUAAAAAUAAGACAUAUUGAGACUUUGGUUAUAGUC